AUGAAAUCUUCUCCCGGGAUGGGGCGUUCAGCCCAUCUCGUUUAUGCCCUUUGUUUUACUAUCAUGGCCACAAUGGUUGCUGCUUCUUAUGAACCAUACACGUAUAGCUCUCCACCACCACCAGUGUACAAUUCUCUACCACCUCUUCCAUCUUAUUCACCAUCUCCUAAAGUGGAGUACAAAUCUCCACCACCCCCUUACGUUUACAGUUCUCCUCCACCACCUCCUUACGUUUACAGUUCUCCACCACCACCACCAUACUAUUCACCUUCUCCAAAGCCAAUAUACAAAUCUCCACCACCUCCUUACGUCUACAGUUCCCCACCACCACCAUACUACUCACCUUCCCCUAAGGUUGAAUAUAAAUCACCACCACCACCAUAUGUCUACAGCUCUCCACCACCACCAUACAACUCACCUUCUCCCAAGCCAGCAUACAAAUCACCACCACCACCAUAUGUCUACAGCUCCCCACCUCCACCUUAUUACUCUCCUUCCCCUAAACCUUCAUACAAAUCCCCACAACCACCAUACGUGUACAACUCCCCUCCUCCACCACACUACUCACCAUCUCCAAAGCCGGCAUACAAAUCUCCACCACCUCCUUACGUCUACAGUUCCCCACCACCAUCAUACUACUCACCUUCCCCUAAGGUUGAAUACAAAUCUCCACCACCUCCUUACGUCUACAGUUCCCCACCACCACCAUACUACUCACCUUCCCCUAAAGUUGAAUACAAAUCUCCACCCCCACCUUAUAUCUACAGCUCUCCACCACCGCCAUACUACUCACCUUCUCCCAAGCCAGCAUACAAAUCACCACCACCACCAUACGUCUACAACUCCCCACCUCCACCUUAUUACUCUCCUUCCCCUAAACCUUCAUACAAAUCCCCACCACCACCAUACGUGUACAACUCCCCUCCUCCACCAAACUACUCACAUUCGCCUAAGGUUGAAUAUAAAUCUCCACCACCUCCUUACGUCUACAGUUCCCCACCACCACCAUACUACUCACCUUCCCCUAAGGUUGAAUACAAAUCUCCACCCCCACCUUAUGUCUACAGCUCUCCACCACCGUCAUACUACUCACCUUCUCCCAAGCCAGCAUACAAAUCACCACCACCACCAUACGUCUACAACUCCCCACCUCCACCUUAUUACUCUCCUUCCCCUAAACCUUCAUACAAAUCCCCACCACCACCAUACGUGUACAACUCCCCUCCUCCACCACAUUACUCACCUUCGCCUAAGGUUGAAUACAAAUCUCCACCACCACCAUACGUAUACAGCUCCCCACCACCGCCAUACUAUUCACCUUCUCCCAAGCCCACAUACAAAUCACCACCCCCACCAUAUGUCUACAGUUCCCCACCUCCACCACACUACUCACCUUCUCCUAAGCCUGCAUACAAAUUUCCACCACCACCGUACCUAUACAGCCCCCCACCACCACCAUACUAUUCACCUUCACUUAAGCCUGCAUACAAAUCUCCCCCACCAUCAUACGUUUACAGCUCUCCACCUCCACCUUAUUAUUCACCUUCUCCUAAGGUUGCAUACAAAUCUCCACCUCACCCACAUGUAUGUGUUUGUCCACCACCUCCUCCUUGUUACUCCCCUUCUCCUAAACCCGCAUACAAAUCUCCACCACCACCAUACGUUUACAACUCUCCACCUCCACCUUAUUACUCUCCUUCCCCUAAACCUUCAUACAAAUCUCCACCACCACCGUAUGUCUACAACUCUCCACCACCACCAUACUAUUCACCUUCUCCUAAGCCCGUAUACAAAUCUCCACCACCCCCUUACGUUUACCCCUCCCCACCCCCACCAUACUACUCGCCUUCUCCAAAGGUUGAAUACAAAUCUCCACCACCUCCUUACGUCUACAGUUCCCCACCACCACCAUACUACUCACCUUCUCCUAAGGUUGACUACAAAUCUCCACCACCACCUUACGUCUACAGUUCCCCACCACCACCAUACUACCCGCCUUCUCCUAAGGUUAACUACAAAUCUCCACCACCUCCUUAUGUCUACAGUUCCCCACCACCACCAUACUACUCACCUUCCCCUAAGGUUGACUACAAAUCUCCACCACCUCCUUACGUCUACAGCUCCCCACCACCACCAUACUACUCGCCUUCACCUAAACCAGCAUAUAAAUCCCCAUCACCACCGUAUGUCUACAGUUCUCCACCACCACCAUAUUACUCAACUACUCCAAAGGUUGACUACAAAUCUCCUCCACCACCGUAUGUUUACAGUUCCCCACCUCCACCACCAUAUUACUCACCUUCUCCAAAGGUGGACUACAAAUCUCCUCCACCACCGUACGUAUACAGUUCUCCACCUCCACCACCUUAUUACUCUCCUUCUCCAAAGGUUGACUACAAAUCUCCUCCACCACCCUAUGUCUACAGUUCUCCACCUCCACCACCAUAUUACUCACCUUCUCCAAAGGUGGACUACAAAUCUCCUCCACCACCGUACGUAUACAGUUCUCCACCUCCACCACCUUAUUACUCUCCUUCUCCAAAGGUUGACUACAAAUCUCCUCCACCACCCUAUGUCUACAGUUCUCCACCUCCACCACCAUAUUACUCUCCAUCUCCAAAGGUUGAGUAUAAAUCUCCACCACCUCCAUAUGUUUACAACUCUUCACCACCACCAUCAUACUCUCCUUCUCCAAAGACUGAAUACAAAUCUCCACCCCCAGCCUCGUAUUAUUGA